AUGCAUAAACAUACUGCUCAACGAAAGGUCUCUCCUCCCGGCCCAUCCUUCAUGUCCAAUGAUCAAGUGGCAACAUACUUGAAGGACUUACGGGCAAAUCGCCCAGCUCGUCCGACCGGCUCACGACCAUACCCAGGCAGAGCAGUCGCCUCGACAACUGACUUGCCCGAUAAUCUGCCACCAAGGGCAUCCUCGGCUUUUUCCAUGCACAGUCCAGUCGAAGAUGAAAUUGAAGAUCAUUCCCGCUCUAGUAGCGCUUUAUCUCAUCGCCGCACAACCUCUUAUGUGCCUGGCGGCGGCGCAAUGGGACGUCCUCUAGCUCAAGAGCCCCGCACACACUCAAUUCGAAAGAACGUGUUUCCCGCACAAGUGCAAUCUCGCACCAUUCCCAUUCCAGCAUCUCCAGCUCUCUCCUAUCAAGAAAAUGGUCAACGUCGACAUGAAAAGGAAGAGGCAAGGUCACUCCGAGAUGCCUUGCAGAAAAUGGAUGUGCAAGACGACGUCGGUCUUCACCAGGCAGCCCAGGACGAGGCCACGGAGCUAGUUUGGAUGCAUCAGAACCCCGGCAAAGAAUUCAAAAACCCAUAUGCGCCAUACCAGAAUCCUGAUAUUAACAGACGCAGUCAGAGUCCUGUCCGAAGUGGCUCGCGUGGACAUGGCUCCACUCAUAGGUUCAGUCAGUCCACUGGGUCAUGUGGAUCUUCGGAUAGUCACCCCAGCCCCGAGUCUCUUCGCAAACGAUCGUCUUUGGCUGGACCUUCGAAGAAGAAUCUUAAAGUUAACUUCAAACUACCUGACGAAGAGCCCCCCGUCGAGCCCCCCGCCUCAAAAGCACGCACUGUCAGCAGUGAUUCCUCUAAAGGGAUAUUUAGAAACCCCAAUGAUCAUAUUUAUGAAGAGCCCGUGGAUACCAAAAAGGAGCAAGAAGAGAAGCCUGAUUUCUCAAGGUCUGACUCUUCCGCUCUGAAGAACAAGCCGCGCAAUGUCCUCGGUCGUGUCCCUAAACCACUUCCUUGGCUGCGAGAUAGAGGGACUAACAGCAGUCCCGUAUUGGACAAGAUCUCGCGGUUUGAAAUACAUAAGAACCCUCCCACCCAGUCGCGCAAUCCCGGAUAUACUCGAAACGAGAGUACACCUACUCCUCCCCCCGAAGAGUCCAAAGAAGAGCCAGUCCCUACCAGGGAAGGCAAAGAGAUCCGUAGUGACGACAUUCGGGCAGCCACUAGCAAAAGAAGAGGAGACCGCAGUGAAAAACUUCCGAUGCCUUCAGCUGUCAGCGAUCGAGUUGGACGUCCAAUCGUGAGCUUCGACCAAACCUGGAAACCAGCCGAUCAACCAAAACCUGAUCGUCCGACCUUGCCCAUCAUCGAAGUCGCGGCACCAGCCAUUGAAGUCUCCGCCCCCUCGAUCGAAGUCUCCGAGCCGACUCCCAUUCCUGUGAUCAAUGUCCCGGACAUCAAAGUACCGACCAUAUCCGAGAUCGAAGCAACUUCAGAGCAAUCGAACAAGCCAGGCAGACCAGCUGCCCAGCCAACAAGGACUAGUCCGACCAAACAAGGAUUCCCGAGGCAACCCGCAUCUGAAUCCCAGAACCGUUGGUACACGCCUUAUACCCGAUCUGGUGCCCCGACUGCAAGUUGUGAACUGUGCUCCCUGCCGAUUUCCGGAAAGAUUGUGACGGCUGGCGGGUGUCGAUUCCAUCCUGAAUGUUUCACUUGUUUCCACUGCCACACAGCGCUGGAAUGCGUAGCCUUUUACCAGGAGCCCCAGUCUAGCAGAGACGAGAGACUAGCUACCGAGGCCAAUGAUCAUGAAGCCCGUGUACCACGGUUCUACUGCCAUCUGGAUUUCCACGAAAUGUUCAGCCCCCGUUGCAAGAGCUGCAAGACCCCCAUCGAAGGAGAGGUAGUCGUGGCAUGCGGUGCCGAAUGGCACGUCGGCCACUUCUUCUGUGCCGAGUGCGGCGAUCCUUUCAACUCCCAAACGCCCUUCGUUGAAAAAGACGGCUUCGCAUGGUGCCUCCAUUGCCACUCGCGACGCACUGCGCCCCGUUGCCUGGGCUGCAAGCAACAUGUCUUGGAUGAAGUUGUCAUCACGGCCAUUGGUGGCCAGUGGCAUGAGCACUGCUUCAACUGCCACGAGUGCGGCGACGGGUUCGGAGCCGAGGGUCGCUUCUUCGUCCGCGAGGGCGAACCAAAGCGAACAGCCAAGGGCCGUGUCAUUGGUGGACCGGUACAGCUCGCUAUCUGUGAGAGAUGUGAAGGGAUUCGUCUCAAGGCGCCUGGGAUGUGUUGA